UUUGAAUUUAUAAUCACAAAAGAAUUUAAAACAAAAUUAUCAAACUAUUUCUUUAAACCUCCAAUCUAUCAAAUGAGAACUCCAAAAAAAUCAAUCAAACCAACUCAUCAUCAACAUCCUUCUUCGAAUUGGAAAAAUAUUCAAUCUAAACUUCCUAAAAUACCAGCUAGUGUUAAAGCAAAGCAAGCCUUAAAACGUCAACUUCGAAUCAAUAAUAAUGUCUUACCUAAUGUUACACCAUCUCAUAAUGAAUCUCAAGACCCAGUUUCUGUUAUGCUAUGUCAAAUCUUACAACAAGGCGUCUCAAGAUCUAAACUAAAUGAAAUCGGAAGAUUUUUGGCAAUCGAUUGUGAGAUGGUAGGUGUAGGUCCCAAUGGAUCUGAGAGUGUUCUAGCCCGAGUCAGUAUUGUAAAUUAUUACGGUGCAGUCCUUUUAGAUAGCUAUGUGAGCCCCAAAGAGAAAGUCACCGAUUACAGGACUUGGGUCAGUGGAAUCACACCUGAACAUUUAGCAAAUGCUAGUUCAUUCAGCGAAGUGACGUCUAAAGUAGCUCAGUUAAUCAAAGAUAAGGUUCUCGUAGGACAUGCUAUCACUAACGAUCUCCAGGCUUUGCUACUCAAACAUCCAAGAAAUCUGAUUCGAGAUACAUCAAAGUAUGGCCCAUUGAGAGUUCUUUCUGGCACAAAGUUUCCCAGUUUAAAAAAACUUGCGGCUUUACUCCUACGCUUAGAGAUUCAAACCAGUUCACAUAGCUCCGUUGAUGAUGCCCGUGCUACGAUGGCAGUCUAUCGGACACAAAAAGAUGAAUGGGAAGCUUCUCUUCGUCCACAACACUCAUCUAUCGCUCCUCUUUUUCGACCUCCAUCACGUCCCAAAACUGUGAUGGCCACCCCGAUCCAACCAAAGCCCACUUCUCCGCCACCUGUAGCCCCCGUCGCCUCUUCAUCAAAAUCAACACCGGUUGUAAAUGACGCGAAGAAAAUAUCCAAUUCAAAAGAAACGCUUGAUCAGAUGUCUCCCAAGGUGACCAAUAAACCGGAAACCAAAGGCAAAAACAUCGAGACAGGUGGUAAGGAGCUAUCACAUACAAAUAACCUUGGAAAAGGUAAUAAAAUUAAAGCUUCUGAAGUUAUCAAAGAUGAUAUUGGUCAGCCCAACCAGUCCCCUCCUAAAGUCAUCAAGUCUACAACCCCUGAAUUCAAGAAGCCUAGAACGGCCAACUUGCGGUUGAGUGCUACUCUACAGCACAUUCGGAAUGAACAGGAGACAGCUGAAAAGUCUGCUUCCAAACCCCCCUCACCCUCUUCCAAGUGA